UUAACGCAAGUAGUGAUAAUUUUUUUCAGAAGGAAGCUCCGCUGCUGUCAUGAAAGAAGUGAAUACUGUUGCAACAUAUAUUGCAUGCACGAUCUACACCUACAUAAUAGUGAUAAAAAGAGGAACAAUUUUGAAAUUGAUAACACAAAUGGACAAUGAAGAGUACCAUACUAAUGAGGAAUAUAAACCUGUAAAAAUCUACAUCGAGGUGUUGAGCAAGUUCUACCUCUACUCAAUUCAAUGCUUCCUCCUGAUAUGGUUCAUAGUUAGGGUAGCUUGGACUGGCCGGUGUCUCUCCCGAAAGGCCGAAGAAGGAAAUUCCACAAUUGUUUGCGCCAACAUCCUUUGCGCCUGGUUGCCAAAACAAAUGGAUUCUCCAGUGAUCGAUUGGUGCAUAGUGGCUUUCUCUAUAUACUGUUUAUACUAUAUGGCUCACGUGGUCACUGUUUCCUGCAUUCACAUAGGAAGCACCUACAUUGCAGUAGCUAGAAUUCAACGACUAAUAAGAAUUUUAGGAGAUAUUGAUUUCGUUGCAAAGGAUAUACGGCUAACCAGACAUAGACUUACACAAAGCAUAGAAUUCUACAACGAAACUCAUGAAUUGGUACAACUAAUAAACGACUACGUCAAGGUUAAACUCAAUCCUUUGCUAUGCUACUUCAUGAUGUUUGUGAUUGCUAUACUUUGCCAUAAAAUUAUUGAGGAUUUUGAUCUCUUAUUGUUAGCGGCAAUGAUGGUGUGGUUUAUAAGUAACAUUUUUAUUGCUCUUCGUGGUCAGGACUUGGAAAAUAUGUGUGAGGCAUUAAAUAACUUCAUUUAUGGUUUACCGUGGUAUGAGAUGCACCCUUCACUGAUCAAAGAUUUCCAAUUAUUUUUUGCUCGUACCCAGAAACCUUUCGAAAUAUCUGUUCCCAUGAAUUUGAAGAUAAAUAUGACUUAUAUACAUAAGUUUAUAAAAUUCGCUUACACAACGUUCAUGUACCUCACAAGGAUCCAAAAAGAAUAAUGUAUGGAUUUCGAAAAAAAAGUACAAUCACACACACUACUAAAUAAAUACCUUCACAGCACAGGGAAAGAUUGAUUUAUUGAUCACCAAA